AUGUCGACUCUUGUGAAAGCAGCUAGGGCUCCUAGCAUUCGCGCUCUGUCCACCGCCCGACUCAUCAAGGACAACAAAGCUCCCCAUCUCAAUUUCCGCUCGUUUCUUUCUGCUUUGCGUGAGCAAGGUGAUCUAGUCGAUGUUAAACGCUCGGUCGACCCGAAUCUAGAGGUGGCCGCCGUGACUCGUCGUGUUUACGAAGCUCAUGCCCCCGCGCCGCUCUUCCACAAUGUUUCUGGUACCGAUCUUAGAUCCGGGCUCUUCAAAAUACUGGGCGCACCUGUUGGGUUGCGCAAGGACAAGAGAGAGCUGUAUGGAAGAAUGGCGAUCCAGCUCGGUCUCCCUGUCAGCGCAACGGCGCGCGACAUCGUCGAGAAACUUAUCGAAGCCAGAAAAGCGAAGCCACUGGAACCGGUGACGGUCUCCGCAUCAGGAGCCCCUUGCAAGGAGAACAUCCUCCGCGGUGACCAGGUCGAUCUUACCAAGUGGCCUAUUCCUCGCCUGCACGAGCACGACGGUGGCAAUUACCUCGCCACUUACGGCUUUCAUAUCCUGCAGUCGCCGGACAAGGCCUGGAAUUCUUGGUCGAUUUCUCGAACUAUGCACAUCGCGGGUGCGCCGCGUUCCUUGACCGCGCCUGUCAUGCCCGGACAACAUAUCGCUCAAGUUCACAAGAUGUGGGCGGAUAAUGGGGCUCGGGAUGUUCCCUGGGCUCUGGUUCUGGGAGGCCCUCCCGCGGCAGCGUUCGUUGGAGGCAUGCCUCUACCUUCAGGAGUGUCCGAAGAUGGGUACAUUGGUGCUCUCAGCGGCAGUCCGAUGGAAGUGGUCAAGUGCGAGACUAACGAUCUCAUGGUGCCAGCGAACGCAGAGAUCGUCAUCGAGGGCCGCAUCAACACCAAAACGAGAGUGCCUGAAGGCCCUAUGGGCGAGUACCACGGUUAUAUGUUCCACGAUAAUCCUGUUUCAGAGCCCUUAUUCGAGGUCGACUGCGUGACGUACCGCAACGAGCCCGUUGUGCCAAUCUGCGUGGCCGGCAAGGCGGCGGAUGAAACACAUACUGUCUGGGGCUCGGCCAUCUCAGCAGAGAUCCUGGCGGCGCUCCGGGAGGCUGGUUUCCCUGCCGAUUUUGCCUGGAUGCCUUUUGAGGCUCAGAGUUGCUGGAUCGUCGUGAGUGUUGACAUCAAGAAGCUCGCGAAAAUGAACAUCACCAAGGAAGAGCUCUCUCAUCGUGCGGGAGAAAUCAUAUUUCAGAGCCACGGAGGCUGGGAGGCACCAAAGAUUUUCCUCGUCGGGAAUGACGUUGAUAUCACGGACGCGCAUGAGCUGAUUUGGGCGGUUGCAUCGCGAUACCGCCCUGGUGCAGAUGAACUGGUGUUUGAGGAUCCCGUCGGUAUUCCGAUGUUGCCCUACAUGACAAGGGCGAGCAAGAAAGAGGUUCCGAAUCCUGGAAAGGGCGGUAGGAGUGUUGUGAAUCUGUUGCUACCGUCGGAGUUUGAGGGAGAGAGACCGUGGGUUCACGGCAGUUUUGAAGGGUCAUAUCCAGCUGAAGUAAAGGAUCGGGUGGUGAAGAGUUGGACAGAGUAUGGAUUUAAAGAAGAACAUGUAUAG